UAGUUUUGUCGAACUAACCCAAUAUUUAAUAUGUAUUGAAUUAUUGUACAUCUUUUGUAAUUAUAUUGUCAGUACUUAAAUCUUUCAUAGUAAAAAAAACGAUAGUUCACUACUUUCAAAUCUUAAAAGAUUGUCCUUUUGUAGCUUUGAUAAAAUUCCUAUAAAAUUAUUAGUUAUACAUUUUAAACCAUUACAAACUCGCUUUUAACUAAUGAACACAUUGAACUCUGGAAAUAUGAAACAGGUGCACCAAUCGUUGACUGAUGCAGCAUCAUCUCUGCUGGUGAGAGCUCUAAAUGAAGGGAGACAUGUGAUCAUGGAUGGAACCUUAUCAUGGGAGCCUUUUGUGGAGCAGACUAUCUCCAUGGCAAGAAAUGUUCACAAAUGCAAUGGAAGUAAAGUAUCUGAAGACGGAACUAUUACCGAAAACUACUGGGAGCAAGUGAAUGAGGCAGAAGAAGAACAACCAGAAGAGAACAAUAAUGGAGAACCCCGUGAUCAAAAGCCUUACAGAAUAGAGUUAGUUGGUGUAGUUUGUGAUGGCUAUCUUGCUAUUGUUCGAGGCAUUAGGUAGGUAUAUAUAUAUUUUCUUGUGUGAGUGAAAGAAUUCUGCUAAUUAUUACUAUUUUCGAGUUUGUAUGAUAAUUUAACAUUUCUUACCGGAAUUUUGACGGUUGAGCUGUUAUGAAUGGGAGAGAAGUGAGGGUGAAUUCACAGUUGAAAUCUCACAAAAGGUUUGCUAAUGCAUUCCAAGAUACUGCAAACUUGUUGAUAAUG